AGGACCAGGAGCUCUUCCUCAGCUUAACUUUAAGCCCUAAGAAGGUAGACAGCAAGAGAAAGUCCUCAACAGAGGUUUUUUGAAUCUUUUAUCCCUUAAGGCAGUCUGCACUGAACUUUGUGCGAGAUUAAUUGUAUUGCGUUGUAUUGUAUUAACAUAAAGCCAGUGCUUCGAGUCAUUGAUUCGAUUGAGGUGUUCUGUUGAAGCAAGAUCCAUCGUCGCAGACCGUUGGAAGUAGAUACGGAAGUCGUAGAUAUUUGCUCAUCUAAUAUCCGUGGCCAGGCAAUCAUCAGUCUUAGUUCGUGAUUGUGAAAUAAACUUUAUUUAAGUAGUAAAGUAGACUACUAAUACUAAAUGAAAUAUAGAUAAUCCUCCUGCCGUCCAACUCCAACUAACAAAGGCGUCUAACUCUUAGAUUAAUCACAAGAAGAUGGUGCUCUUCGCUUCUUUAAGACGAGGUUGCGUUCUUCGGCAGCUGUCAUCGACGUACCUCCCACACUUGGGUGGUGGAAUGCAACUAUGGCAACGUUCCACGACCGGACAGCAUCCAGCUGCCAGUGAGGAUGAUGGUGGCAGUGACUCGUCCCUCUCAUUGGAAUCAUUGCCACCGAGUGACUCGGAAGACGAGAGACAGGCGGCAGAGGAUAUAGAAAGGUAAUUAUAUGCUACACCAGAACUAAGAUCAAUUAUGAAUGCUCCAAGAACUUGAGUAAAGAGGAAAAAGAUUAAGGAAGCAUUUUUUUCUUACAAGAUCACACCCCCACCACGACACACUCUCACUCUCACUGGAUGAAAUGUUAUGACUAUGCAAAUCCUAUAGUACUAAGUUGUAGAAUUUUCUUGCCCCUCUUAUUCAUCAGAGACGGUCGUCCCCGUGUUCCCGUCCUUCUAAAACGAAAGUCACAUUCAUGAUAACCAUGGAGAAGUGGGUUAUGCGCUGCCCUUUGCAGCUUCUAUUCUUACACCAUAGUGUAUCUAUCGUUGUUGAUACAACCUAAGUAAUUUAUUAAUUUAUUUUUGUAACAAGAAUUUCUUGCGUUUUCCCUAGUAGCGCUUCAAAGGCUCCUCUGGAUGCCUGUGUGUAGUCUGAAAUCUAGGUACAGGUCUAAGUAACAAUAUUGUACUUAGAAGCUUGUUAGUAGUUCUCUUGGUGAAGUGCCUACCUCGUCUAACUUGUUUUUGCCCCACGACGUAAGUUGAGAAAGCGUGCUGUAUGAUUAUGACACAAUUGAUUCAGGUGGGAAAAGGAGUUGGGGGAAAAACAAAAGGAGGAAGAGGCAGCAUUCAGGAAAAAGACGGAGAUUCCAGAGCUUCAUCCGAACCUAAUCGCUUCCGCGGUGUUGCUCACUUAAGGCAUAUUCUCUAAAUCUACCAUCUCCAGUUGCUAGCAUGAUUGGUCUUAAAGCCGUAGGCAAAUGAGAGUCAGCCACUCUGGUUCGCCCCCGUGAUAGAUUAUUUCACGCAGUAUAGUAUUUAUGCACUGGAGGAGCUUGCGGGGGAAGUGAUUAUACUAACUGGUGAGUUAACUUAGGUGAGAGAAAAGAUACGCUCUCUGGAAGGUUCCUGGACGACAGUCGACAAAAAAUGUCGGCUGAGGGACCAACUAGGGAGAGGGUUGGGGGCAACGGGCCCCGCGAACCCCGUCGUGUGCGGUGCGAAAAAUGCACUCACGCGCGACGCCGCCGGUCGAUGCAAUGGCGCAUCUCGGCGAAGGCGAACCACGGUUCGCGCCUCCACGGAGGCUCGGGUGCGGUCGGGUGAGAGCGUUAAUGCUACACCCACGGGGCGGAGUUCACAUGCAGAGCGGAGCAGAGCGGAGCGGAGCGGAGCGGGCUGCCGGCGCACGGGCCAAAGCGCUCGUGCGUAGGCCGCGGGAGGGCCAACGCGCCCUCCGGCGGUGCGGUGGGCAGGCGCGUGGCGCCCAGUGGGGGGUGCUGGGGAGCUCGUAAAAAUCGAGUUCCGCCGCGCGCGCGGCGCGCCAUCCCCUCGCGGGGCAAAAAUCGCCGCGAGGGUUUGGCGCUUGUGGCAGCACAUUUUCGUAACCUCAAGCUGAAAGCUAGCUUGGGCAGGUCUAAAAACUUUUCUUUUUCCCAAAAAUCCAGGGACUUUCUGUGCGCGUAUAAUCGCAAUCUAGAAACUAGUGACUAGUAGUGCCCCCGCACUCUGGUUUUCAGCAAAACAAAAAACAAAAUGACCUCCCUGAAAAGCGUCGGAGACCUCGUCAUCCACACAGGCAAAAAUCCUGUGGGGAGCGAGGACGUCGACGAGAAGGGCAAAGCCCUUCUGAAACUGAUCGACGGAUCACUGUUUCACCCCUCCAUGGCGGAGGCCAUGGAGGCGCUGCAAAAGCAGCUGGAGGAGAAGACGCAGUAUGAGGAUAAACUCAUCUUCUGCGCAAACAUCCAGGACUGGAUUGCAGCACUCCGACAGAUGGUCGGUGAACUUCCGGAAACGGAAUUCAUCGACACGGUCAAAAAAGACCUGGAGGACCCGCGCUUCGUGGGGGAAGGUGGAACCCUAACCGAACAGGGCACCACCUUGAUGUGGUUCCACUUGUGGUUGGGCGCAUACCACGAGGAACUAACGGCCGAACCCUGGGCCUCGAAGUCUCUGAUUAAAAAAGAGACUUUUGAAGCCGGCGCGAAGCUCGCCGAAAAACGAAAGUUUCGGGAGGAAAACCCGCAGCUGAACCUGGCGGAAGUCCCGGCGCAGACCGCCAAAAAGGAGGUGAUAGUCCGCUACCUGAUCGAGCGCACCAACAAAGAGGUGCUCAACGACUGGGACGCGAAGCCGGCCAAGACGCCGUGGACGUCGGUCCGCAAGGCGCACGAGGAGGAGGACCGAAAGCUCCUCGAAGAAGAGGAGAAGCAGCGCAAGGCGGAGCUCGAAGCCAAAAAGAAAGAGGAGGAGGACUCCGUGGACUUCGCCGACAAAAGCGAAGAGUCCUCCGAGGAGCCGCCGGAGACGGCAGCUCUGUUCAAAACGUUCGCGAAGAAGACCGCAAAGGCCAUCGCAACGGCUUUGAACAGCAGCGGAGAGGACAAAAUCCUCUCCUAUGACGACACGCGCCCGGCUAGCGAAGGAGAAAAAUUCUUCGUCUACCGACGCGUAAACGGCGUCGAGAAGAAAACAGAGGUGAAAGUCGUCUGGCCUUCCGUCUUAACUCCGGGCGAGGAAGUCGCAGACGCACAGGAGCAGUAUAAAAACUGCUUCUUCACGAACGGAGAAAAAGCCUCUAAGCAGGCGAACCACGUGCUCACCGCGUUAUUAAAACACGUGGAAAAGCACGGCCUCCGCUCCGUUUUCGACGUGGACGAAAACAGCGUCCUGAACACGACGGCAGGCCAACGCCUCAACCAAAAGGCGCUGGCGCUGCUCUUCGGAGCAUACGCGGCCGCAGGCAUCUGGGGCGAAGCCCAGGUGGGAAAAAACCAACCCAAGGUCUCAAACUGCGCCAUCGCAGGCUUUAACGGAGACAACCUGCAGCGCACAAACAGCGCGUUCCAGAACCUGGUCCGGAAACAGGUCGUCGCCAGCGUCCCGGCUGACUACUGGGACAGAUGCAACCUGGACCAGUGCUGGGAGACGCUGCGCCGCGUGGAAAGCGCCAUCAACGGCGCCACCGACCUGCAGCCCUUCGACUUCAUGACCGAGUUCAACGAGAACUUCCCAGAAAUCGCCAUCAAAAAAAUGAUGGUGUUCUUGGGAUUCAUGAAGGAAGGCUCCCGCAGCCUCGACGCGCUCCAGCAGAAGAUGAAGCGCUGGGAGACCGGGCUGGUGAACAGAUACAUGUUCAACCUGCUGGCCUGGUACAACCACUUCGGUCUCCACCUCAUCGACGAGGCGCGCUACACGGACGAGGAAGACGGGGGAAAAAUCAAACCGCCCGUCCAAAAAGCGUUCUUCAAGGAGAACAUGGAGGAAAUCAAAAAUGAAAUGUUCUCCAUGCGAGACGCCGAGGCGAGCUUAGGCAAGCCGAGAAGCGAACGUGUGACAGUCACACUGCGCUCUCGUAGCCACAGCCGCCGCCGCAGCGAAUCGCGAGAGCGAUCGGCGAGCGAAGGCCCGCAAAACCCGUUCGGCAGCGACGCCGACAGCGGCGGGGACGACGACACGGGCACAACCAUGCCGAGCGACACUUGGUUGGAGAGUUUGGAUCUGGAAAAAACAGAUUUCAACCCGGCCAUGGACCCAGUCCACAACCGCCGCCUCGACAAACGUGUCGACGUGGUGCUAGCCGAGCGCCGAAACGCGAAGGGAGGAACACGCACCACAUACUACGUGUACUUCCCUCAAACCGGCUUAGUGGAGCCGUCCGCAUUGAAGUCCCUGAAAAAUAUGGGACUCAUGCUUCCGCCGGCGGUAUGCCACUGGUUCCACGCGCACAAAGCGCAUGCGGUGCAGUCAGGCUGUCGCAACGACGCUCAACACCUGGAAUGCACACACCACCACCUCAUCGACCGCAACCGUCCUCCCCCAGACAUCACUAUCGCCAAGAGAACGUGGGCAGAAGUGAUCCGCUCGCAAAAAGAGCUGGCCGAAGUCCUCUUCUCGGCCCGGUUGGCAGGGCGAAACAUCAACCAGCAGCCAACCGGCACAGCGGCAAAACGAGCGGCAGCGAAGGACAAGGAAGCAAUCCGCCACCCGAAAGACUUCGUAAAACCGAAAGUCCAGCCGAUGAAGGCGAUGAAGGCCAAAAACGGCCGAACACGCCGCCAACCGAAAGGACCCCAGCGAAGCGACGCAAACGCGGUUCCGCUGGGACAACGGCAUCGCAACGACAGUCGCGAAAAAGACAAUCGUGGCCGCAACAAAUCGAAGCGAUCGAACGAGCGCAAAAACAGCCGCUCACGCGAUCGACGCCGAUAAAUCGAGAGUGAUGGAGGGAAAAAUCCUCUUGGGGAGAGACGUGAAGGAGCACGUUGGGAGCAAACGCUCCCUCGCGGUGUGGUGGAAGGAGCCACGCACAAGCUAGAACGCGACUAGCUGGAAGAAAAAGGCUACCGGCCUCGAGGACAACAAAUCCUCGAAAAACAGAAUGCAAAAGCAUUCGCCAUAAGCCCUCUGGUCAAAUUACCAGGGGCACCGGACCAUUAUUAAGUUAGUGGCGGAACAAUAAAUUCGUCCUUUUUGACAGAGUAAAAAACACUCUAGUUGAGAGGGAGGAAACAAAUCAAACCACCAGUGACGACUGGUGGCCGAAAGGGAAAACGCGGCGGCGGCGGCGCAGUGUUCGAGGGAGUGACGUGUUACAUCUCGUCAAGCUAAAAAGAGGGAAAACAGAGUGGGAAGGAGUUACGAGUAAGUAAAGAAGCUAGGCUGGGGAGACCACUUCAUGAGAUACGGCAGGAGGCCAAGAUCCAUGGUGGAGGUUCGCCUAAGCAGCCGCACGAACCAGCCUAGACAAAAAAGUAAGUAAGGACGAGAGAACAAACUAACUAAAUAAAAACUAAAAAGAACGUUAGAGGGAACAACAGCGAGAGAUAAAUAAAAAAGUAACAUUAAAUAAAUGUCGAAGCGGGCGGACGCACUGCGCAAAGCUGUCGAUCUAAACGACGACGAGCUGCGCGCCAUGGGAGAAGCCGACUCCACGACUAGAAACAAAAAGUCGCGAGUCGCCUUCUUCCUCGACUGGCUAGCGGCCAAGGGUGAAAAGCUACCCGUGAGGCCGGAGGCGGUGCAAAGAUUCGCCGCCUUCCUAGUGUUCAAUGAAUACACCUCAGUCGCGCAGUACACAUCCAGCAUCAUCAUGUGGCUGGUAGAACCGCCACCCGCGGAUGGCCCGCAGCGGCUAGUCGAAAGCCCCGCCAUUCUCCGAAACAUCGGGGACGUGGAAAAGGCAAUUGAACGAACAAUCCAAGACCACAACCCGAGGAAAGCAAAGCCUUUCCUACCGGGUACGAAGCUCGAGGCGCUAAAGGCAAAAGACCAAAAAAUGGUCCUCCUUUGGGCGCUAUCGGGAUUGCGGGGCGACAGCAUCGCGGCGGUGGACGACACGGACAUCUCCAAAAAAGGAGACGUGUGGCGCAUCCACAUAUCCGAAGACAAAAUCCGCAAACAACGCGGUAGGAUAAUAGAAAUCCACUGCAAUUGCGACACCAACGCAAAAACAGCUGGUGCACGAAGUCGCUUUUGCCCGAUGCACGGCGAAGGCGCUGUUAUGAGAUCUGAUUUCCCAUUAGGCAAGGCCAGGAUAAGUAGCUUGGCGAAGGGAAUUAGCGGCACGCUGCACAGCUGCAGGAGAGGACUCGCAUUGGCAACGCGACGCGAGUGGGAGCAAGGGAAAAUCUCCGUGAAGGAGGAUGAAUUCCUCACCCACAUGGGCUGGGAACAGUCCAGCAAAAUGUGGGACGAGUACACAGCCGACCACAAAACGUGGGAGGCUUCGGAAUUCAUCCCGCUGCACGGAUUGCGCAGGCGGUGGCCCUCGGGGGGGGGUCCACCCCCGCGCGUCUUCGUGCAGCCCAAGGCGGUCCAAGAGGACACCUUGGUCAAGCGGACGAUCAAGAUCACCCCCAAGCAGAAGCUACAGAAGAAAGGGCGGAUUCAACAGAAUACCGUUACCAAAAAGGUGACGGCCCUAGCGCCAAAGAGCGCCAGUAGCAGCGGCUCAGGGGCACUCAAAGCAGUACCGGGUACAAAAAACGUACGCACCUGGCGGUUCUGAACCUCCAGUCGUCGGGAAAAGGAUGGAAGGCGCACCAAGGAGGCGUCGAGAAAGGAUGGCCCAAAGGGCUGGAGGUUCAAAGUGACCUUGUCCCCCAGCGGGGGGACAACGCCUGCUACUGCCGAGGGAUUAGCCGCGCACCCGGGCCAAAGCGCCCCGGACCAAAGCGUCCGACGCGAAGAGCGAGCACCCGAAACCUCGCGGGUGCCGGUUGAUUGACUCGUAGGGCGACGGUGCACGAACACCGGCCGAGCCGCGAGAGGGGUUACGACACCCGGACGUUGGUGUGCAACUCUCUCUGGGGAGGUAAAGGCCUCCCGCCACGCUCCGUGGCAAAUUUAUGGGCCGUAGGUGCAACGACCGGCGCCGGCAAAGACCUGGGUCUGCCGAGCCAGCCUACCGUGCUGCCACAGCACUAAAAAGUAUAACUCACCAGUAGAUUUAGGAUCCCCGGGGGUUAAGUCUCCAGUUUGUAUAUUGCGGUUAUGCCUCUGGCGUGAGAAGGUUCACAUUAGCGGAGGCCACUGCGUGCGCCCCUGGUGUUCUAACUUUCUGGCAAACUAGUGAGGGCUUCUUGGGUCUUGCGCUGGUUCCAAAGCUUCGAGCAACCCAGUGACUUUUGAGGAUCUUGGGUUCCUUUGUUGAUUUGAAAAUUAGACAGCUUCGGCGGCCUUAGUCGUGUUCGGAGUUUUCUAGCGGGUCACCCAGUGAGGCCUCGGGAUCAUAGUCGCAAACAGUAGGGCACCCCAGCCCCUGGCGCGUCUGCGCUUGUGGGGUGUGCUACUGUCUCCUCCACGUCUUUGUAGCUUCCUCGCGCAUCUCUUGCGGGCGUGGCGUGGUCGGGUGUAUCCAGCCGUUCACUUACAUUUUUGAAGAACGUACUACAGUCCCAAGGCGUGCGCGUUCUUCCCAGAGUGAUCAUGGGGGAAAUUUGAGUGAGCUCUAAACUUCGUCACACUUUCUUCCGUCUGGCGAGAUGCAGUUCCGUGUCAAGGACACAGAUACACAGAGGAUGGAGCAGGUAAUUACAGAUGAUGUUCUUCACCACAAAAACUACCGUGUGAUAGGUAUUCGUGUGCAACGAUCUUCAUUUCAUCAAAAUAUACUUUCUUCUGAAUGAAGGUAUUUUUCUCCUCCUGCUCUUCAUCCCUCUGCUGAGUAAAACUAAAAAUUGGAUAUGACUGCACUGACAGAACAAGAACGAUGCAAAUGAGUGUUGGAGGUGGGCAUCAUCAUCUUCAGGUGCAAAGGACUUCUCCCCGAAACACUACCUCAUGCUCAUCGUGCUUCAGGCUUCUCGCAGGGUAAGCGGGAAUCAAUUGUAGAACCAGGUAACAAAAAAAAAACAUGCUAGGUACAUGAGUGAAGGAGUGAGUGAGUAAAUGAAAAAUGAAUGUUGAUGAAUGAAUGACUUUUAUUCGCUUUUCGGCUUCAGAUUUCGUUGUCAAGAACAGAUUUGGGAGAAGUCAGAUCGAAACUGAAAGACUUCGUUAUACAAGAGGGGUUCGAUCCUAUGGAGUCGGGUUUCAAGCAGACGCGAGUCCAGGGCACCGCAUGGCAAGAGUCUCAUCCAGGGUACCGCAUGGCUGAAAAGACGGAGAUGCUAUGGCCGGACCCGAACGUGAAGCAACCGAAGUCCAGCAUUUUCGGGCCAGCAAACCGCAGCCCUUUCAAAGAUUUCAUCGAAACGCACAACCGACUCGAGACACUACUGAGUUCGGAGCAAGAGACGAUCGAUGCCGUACAGGAGGCAAGUAAAAGCAAAGAUGAAACCAAGCACAUUCGAACGACAACUGUUAAGCCUCCUCCACUGAGUCAGCUUUCUUCAGCAGCAACAUCUUCCAUGUUGUACCUGUACAUUCAUUGCUAGUGAUGUUCUUACUCAAAUUAUUAUAUCUGUUGCACAUUAAAUUUGAAGUGCGAUACCUCUAUUUCUUGUCAUGCAACCGUGCAAGAACUACAAUUGACAUAAGAUAAUGUGAAAUAAUAAAUAGCAAAGUAUCCUAAACGACCUACAAUCUAGACCUGUCAUCAUAAUGUGAAAUAGCAAAGAUGAGUAUGAUUGGAGCGCCCUUCUAAGGAGAGCAAAGUAGAUGCCGGCUGGAAGCUUGGAAGAUUCAAAUUGGACCUGCGUAACCCGGACUCCUGGGAAUACGCUGCGCAACUCUUCGCCGCUUGGGGGCUCCCCUUGCCCAUUGAACAGAAUCUUCUAUCGCGACAGCUGCAGCAGAUUGAAAAAUCUGGCGGGGAAGCAAGUUUUACAGAUGAGGAACUGGAAAGCAUUCCAAACGAUUACUAUUUUUAAGGCACCACCAGCACAUCUACAUCAUUCAUAAGAACAUAGAUAUAGAUAUAUUCAAUGAAGGUCGCCACCCAGCAGGAGGAGCAAUUUUAUGCCAUGUGAAAUGAAGAGGAGCCGCAGCCCAAAAAAAUGAUGAGUAACUCCUGGUUAUCAUCUUCUGGGCAAUGGCACAGAGUGAUAAGUGAACAGAGGACACAAUAAUUUAAAGGUGGCUGGGGUGAGGACGACGUGGCCAGCCACUCAGGAGUCAACUAACGUGACAACUUCUGUUAAAAAGUACUCAGAAGUCGCAUAGUGCCGUAAAGAUUCGCUCAAGUAUAUGUUUUUUGUUUACGGUUGUAGCUAGUUGUACAUGUACAUCUACAUACCUUCAUCUUCACACUAUGAUCAUUCAGACAAGCAAUCUAAGUAGUUUUGAAGCAGGAAAAUCUAGAUAAGAUUAAGAACUACGACGGUCCUAAACCCUUUAUGGAACACUGGAUCAUGUAGCUCUUUCCAUCUCUCCAUAAAUACGCUAGCGAUUCAUAAUCAUUUUUCUUUAGUAAACAGUUUCAUUAGUGAUUAUCCAAAAAAGGAACGAAGUGACAUCAUAAAAGCUAAUGUGUGAGCUUUUCAUUCUGUCCUUCGAAAUCAUACACUUUCACUUGUUUCAAGGGGAAAAUGGGAAGCCACCUAGAAGUAGUAGAUGAGAGGUACAUACAAUAUACAUAGUUUCAAAAAUACUAGUUGAUGACUUGAAUAUUUCUGCCCCAGCGGGCCCUUAAUGGGCCCGCGUUCUUCUGGGCGCGUGAAUAUUAUUGGAGAAAAAGCUACUGCUACAGCGUCCAUGAUAUAGUACAUAUGAUUGGAGAGGAGCUUCUACAAAGUUGCUGUC